AUGAAGAGAUUGGUUCCAAGCGGCCUAAAUAAUGAAACGUCUCCACCUUCUCCACCACAUUCCACAACUGAUUUUGGAGGAAAGAGAUUGGUUCCAAGCGGUCCAAACAAUGAAACGUCUCCACCUUCUCCACCACAUUCCAUAGCGGAUUUUGGAAUAAAGAGAUUGGUUCCAAGUGGCCCAAACAAUGAAACGUCUCCACCUUCUCCACCACAUUUUAUAGAGGAUAUUGAAGUAAAGAGAUUGGUUCCAAGCGGUCCAAACAAUGAAACGUCUCCACCUUCUCCACCACAUUCCAUAGCAGAUUUUGGAGUGAAGAGAUUGGUUCCAAGCGGCCCGAACAAUGAAACGUCUCCACCUUCUCCACCACAUUCCAUAGCGGACUUUGGAGUGAAGAGAUUGGUUCCUAGUGGUCCAAACAAUGAAGCAUCUCCACCUUCUCCACCACAUUCUAUUGCAGAUUUUGGAGUGAAGAGACUGGUUCCAAGCGGCCCAAACAAUGAAACUUCUCCACCUUCUCCACCACGUUCUAUAGCUGGUUUUGGAGUGAAGAGAUUGGUUCCAAGCGGUCCAAACAAUGAAACGUCUCCACCUUCUCCCCCACAUUCCAUAGUGGAUUUUGGAGUGAAGAGAUUGGUUCCAAGCGGACCAAACAAUGAAACAUCUCCACCUUCUCCACCACAUUCUAUAGCUGAUUUUGGAGUGAAGAGAUUGGUUCCAAGUGGCCCAAACAAUGAAACGUCUCCACCUUCUCCACUACAUUCCAUAGCGGAUUUCGGAGUGAAUAGAUUAGUUCCAAGCGGUCCAAACAAUGAAACGUCUCCACCUUCUCCCCCACAUUCUAUAGCCAAUUUUGGUGUGAAGAGAUUGGUUCCAAGCAAACCAAACAAUGAAACGUUUCCACCUUCUCCACCACAUUCCAUACACUAA